CUGAAAUCGAGCGGAAUUCAGUCGUGCUGCUGUUGUAACAAACGUCGUUGACGUUUUAUUUUCACGAAGACCUCUGACGAGCGGACCUCCUCGUGGAAAUCGUUCGUAAUAUCUUAUCUGAGGAUAAAUCAAUAAACCGAGCGGCAGGGUGGUAUUCCGGCACGCCGAGAUAUUUGCACGGCUGCUCGAUACACGCAACAACGCGAUCAUCGGUGCGAUCGUCGAUUCAUGUCUCGGCCUCUCGUGAUCACGGAAGGGAUGAUGAUUGGAGUGUUGCUAAUGCUAGCCCCGAUAAACGCGUUAUUACUCGGCUUCGUACAGAGCACCCCCGACAACAACAAAACCGUACGGGAGUUCAACGUUUACUGGAACGUGCCCACCUUUAUGUGCCAUAAAUACGGGCUACGGUUCGAAGAAGUAUCGGAGAAAUAUGGUAUUCUACAGAACUGGAUGGAUAAGUUUCGGGGCGAGGAGAUCGCGAUCCUUUACGACCCUGGAAUGUUCCCGGCGUUGCUGAAAGACCCGAAUGGGAACGUGGUGGCGAGGAACGGCGGUGUCCCGCAACUGGGCAAUCUCACCAAGCAUCUGCAAGUAUUUCGGGACCACUUGAUCAAUCAGAUCCCGGACAAGUCGUUUCCCGGCGUGGGGGUGAUCGAUUUCGAAAGUUGGAGGCCGAUAUUCAGACAGAACUGGGCCUCCCUCCAGCCUUACAAGAAACUGUCCGUAGAGGUGGUUCGCCGUGAGCAUCCGUUCUGGGACGAUCAGAGGGUGGAGCAGGAGGCGAAACGAAGGUUCGAGAAAUACGGGCAGCUUUUCAUGGAGGAGACGUUGAAAGCGGCGAAACGGAUGAGGCCGGCCGCCAAUUGGGGAUACUACGCCUACCCUUAUUGCUACAAUCUGACGCCGAAUCAGCCGAGCGCCCAAUGCGAAGCGACCACCAUGCAGGAGAACGAUAAAAUGUCGUGGCUGUUCGAGUCGGAAGACGUCCUCCUUCCGUCCGUUUACUUGAGAUGGAAUCUGACGAGCGGCGAAAGAGUGGGCCUGGUCGGUGGCCGCGUGAAGGAGGCGUUGAGAAUAGCGAGGCAAAUGACGACCAGCAGGAAGAAGGUUCUACCCUAUUACUGGUACAAAUAUCAGGAUCGAAGGGACACGGAUUUGAGCAGGGCUGACCUCGAGGCAACUUUACGAAAAAUCACGGACCUCGGCGCCGACGGGUUCAUCAUUUGGGGAAGUUCCGACGAUAUAAACACGAAGGCGAAGUGUCUACAAUUCAGGGAAUACCUGAACAACGAGUUGGGCCCUGCCGUUAAACGAAUCGCGUUGAACAACAACGCGAACAGUCGACUGACGGUGGACGUGAGCGUGGACCAAAUCGGCGACGCCCGUUCACCUGGAAAGAUAUUUCGGAUACCCUCUCUCUCCCUCGUCAUUGUUUCAGGGAUCAUGGGAUCGACGUGUCAUCUGACGGUGGUGAUCGCGCUGUUCCUUCGAGCGGCCACGCUGCACGCCCAUCGUGAGCACAAGGUUCACAACAUCGUGCUGUAUCCUGACAAGCACAGCUGGUGUCAGACUACCCAGAUAAAGCAGGUCGUCACGUGGCCCCAGUGCUCCUCCCAGGAAUUGGACAACAACGUCUGCGUGGGAGCUUGUUUCUCGUACAUGGUGCCGCACAGCGAGCCAUCCGCCCCCGGUGAUCUGAUCAGGCCUUACUGCGACUCCUGUCAACCGUUGGACAGUGUUUGGCACACGGUGACGUUGGACUGCAAGGACGAGACGAACAAUCCCAUCACGAUGCAGAAGAAGGUCCAAAUCAUCACCAAUUGUUCGUGCACCUCGUGCAUGGAAACGUCUCGCAUCAAACCGGACUACAACACGCUGCUGCAAUCGUUGACCGACGAAAGUUUGGACAAGAACGUGAACGUGGUGCACGAGAUGCCGGACCUGUUGGAGAAUCCCAACUUGAACUUCUCCAAGAACACGAGCAGGGACGGUGUCCAGGCCAACGAGAGAUUCAUGCAGAACUUCAAACAGUUGAAAGACUCGGCCAAGUUGGGCCAAUCGGGGACCAAGGAGUUGUUCUCCAAGCUGGACGAGGACAUCGAUUUCGACAAGUUGAAGAAGUUGUUGGACAAAUACGGGCAGGAGGAGGAGAAGCAGCACUCACAUCAACGCCUCCACCAGCAUCAACAUCAAUCGGGCGGGAAACAACAACAACAGCAGCAGCAACAGCAACAGCAGCAGCAGCAGCAACAGCAGCAACAACCUCAGCAUUACACGACCACGAUGCUUCGAGGUCCUCAUCAUUCCAUGGUUUUGGACUCCGACGUGAAGGAGAAGAUCGACGUGGAACCCCAUUAUCUUCAUCCGGCUGUCGCCGGCCAAGAAAUCAGCUAUCACGACAACGUACUUGUUGACAAGGAUAAGAAAAAGGAUUUCUGAGGGGAGAAGAGAAGGGAUGAAAGAGCCGCAGCGUGGUGGUUUCGCGAUGGCAGGCGCGUAGCUUAGGUCGAAAUCGGCAGAGAUCGUUUGGGUAUCGGCGAACGAGUAUCGAUUUCUUUUCCAUUUUUAUUAUUUGUUAAGAUUCAUUCGUGACCUAGUCCAAUCCAGUAGCAAAUUGUUCCAUUCGAUUCGAUGGUAAAUGAGAUUCAGCUCGUUUCGCGUGCUAUCACAUGUAUAUGUAAAUAGAAGAGAUUCCUCGUUUUAUUUUAUUCUUCGUUCUUAUUUCCUUUUAUAUCUUUGUUGGCAAAAGAUAAUACUCCUUUUUUUUUCUUUUUUUUUUUCUUUUCUUUUUUUAAUAUCGGUUAUUAAACCGUUGGGAUUAACCGAGCGCAAAAAACCUCGUUUAGGAUUUAAUCGUAUAAUUUUUAGGGGAAUACGUGGAUAAAAGUAAAAAGAUACGUGGAAAGGAAGGGGAAAAGGGGAGAGAGAGAGAGAAAUUCUAAUAUAUAUUUAAUUAUUAUAUUAAUUAACUAUUUAAUAUACUCACGCGUCUAAUAAACGAUAAUAUUACGUCCGUUCCGGAAUUUUAGUUAUUAAAAAUAGCAGGAUACUGGCAACCAUUGUAGACCACUUAAAGAUGUUAUAUGUCUUGUUGACUGCUUUAAAAAAAAAAAAAAAAAAAAAAAA